AUGCCUGGCACUGGAAAGAAGAGAGGACGAGGAAGAGGAGGUGGAGGGGGAGGUGGAAGGGGAGGUGGAAGGGGAGGUGCAUCUCCUUCGCAUGCGAGAACCCCAUCCCCUCUUCCUAACCGAUAUGAUUUCACUCCGGAAAGGACAUCCAAAUCUCCACCACCGCUUGUGCCCACAUGCCCACCAUCAGUCUCGGUGAGGGAUUAUCCACGGCCAAAUCAGCUUUUCCAGCACUCACAGAGUCAACGUCAGAGCUCCGACUCUCAACCUGUCAACUCUCCAUGGUCUCAACCUCGCACCUCUCCGCCGCCUCAACCUGUCAACUCUACACACUCUCAUCACCGACCCUCUCCAAUGUCUGAAGAACAAACAUCUCCAAAAUGUGAAGCUCACAACUCUCAAGCGGGUGAAAGAGCCACCUUUGAAGAAGAAGAAGAUCUCUUCCCAGCCAAUCUCGCGGAAAACCAGAUGCGAAUCCUGAAUGCAUUUCUCACUCAGCCUGAAUGCAACUGGGAAUCAAAUGGUGAUUGA